AACCACCCACCCCCCCCCAACUAAAACUCAAACCUCCUCCCACUUCAUUCUCUUCUCAUUUCUCGUGUCCUCUCUCUCUCUCUCUCUCUCUCUCUCUCUCUCUCGCCAAUAUGGAGUGGACUAGGGGGCCUGUUGUCGGCCGUGGCUCCACCGCCACUGUCUCGUUAGCCACCUCUGCCUCCACUGGUGAGCUCUUUGCUGUUAAGUCCACGGAGCUCUCUAGGUCUAUGUUCCUGCAAAAAGAGCACUACUUUCUGUCUAAAUUAAGCAGUCCUUAUGUAGUCAAGUACUUAGGCUAUGAUAUUACAGACGAAGAUAGUAAGCCUAUGUACAAUAUUUGCAUGGAGUACGUCGCCGGCGGCACCCUCCACGAUGCGAUUCGGAGACAUGGAGGUCAGCUAGAUGAGCCGACGAUAAGAUUAUACACACGAGAUAUCUUACAAGGCUUGGAGUACUUGCAUACGAAUGGCUUGGUCCAUUGUGAUCUCAAGAGCAAGAAUGUUCUGAUAAGCAAAGAAGGAGCGAAAAUUGCCGACUUUGGCUGUGCUAAAUAUGUUGAAAAAGUUGGUGGUUGUGCCAUGUCAGAAUUUUCUGGUACACCGGCGUUCAUGGCGCCAGAGGUAGCUCGUGGAGAAGAGCAGGGGUUCCCAGCAGACUUGUGGGCUUUGGGGUGCACAGUCAUAGAAAUGGCAACUGGGACUAUCCCAUGGACAGAGCAACAGAAUGACCCAGUAUCAGCUUUGUAUCAGAUUGGGUUCUCUGGUGUGGUGCCGGAGUUUCCCAGCUGGUUAACAGAGAAGGGUCAGGAUUUCUUGAGCAAGUGUUUAAGGAGAGAUCCAAAAGAGCGAUGGACGGCUAAAGAAUUACUCGAUCAUCCAUUUCUUGGUAAUUUGGACUUGGAGCUUAGGGAAAUGGAGGAUUUUACCACGACUUCUCCAAGUUGUGUACUGGAUCAAGACUUCUGGGAUUCAAUGGAAGCAUUGGAAAGUCCUCAGGGUUUAACACUUGAAGGUUUUUCGAAUUCUCCAGCUGAAAGAAUCAAGAAGUUGAUUGAAUGUACUUUCCCUGCCGAAGUACCCAACUGGACUUGGGCCGAGGAUGAUUGGAUUACAGUUAGAAAUAGUGACACUGAGGAAAUCUUGGUGGAUACGCCUUCAGUUCCAACUGCAUUCUUGACCUCAGAUUCAAUUUUUUAUGAACAAGAGCUUGAAAGAUCAAUUUUUUAUGAAGAUUUGCUAAUGGAAUUCUUUGUUGAAAAUGAAAACAUCAGCAAUAAUAGUAAUGUUAGUACUAAUGAAGGAUAUGAUUCUGUAUCAGAAAAUCUCAAUUUCGAGACAUAUAAUAAUAAAUCUUGUUUUCUUAAAUCUCAUAUCUUCUUAGUUGUCUGUUUUAACUAUAUAUUCUUGGCAAAUAUUUUCCUUGACAAACCAACAGCUCUCUUUUUGUUUUUCCGGUUAAGCCAGAUACAGAUGCCGAUUCCUCUGUUCUGGAUUAUAGGGUUGACUUAGAACCCAAGUCCUGCAACGGUCAACCUUGGGUUUGGUUUUAGAGGCCUGUGAAGUGUGAACAGAGAAGACUUUAGGUGAAUGUUCCAUAGUCAAUGUCGGCUUCCUGCUAUUUUAACAAGUCAACUAAAAAUUUUUAAUUUUCCCCCUCUCUCUUCCAAGUCCUUCAACUUGCUCCAGGUCCAACUGAGUUGGCCCUUAUGGGACCUGGUAAGACACGAGUACCUGUUCCACAGCUGUUUCUUAAACCCUUCAGUGUGGACCGUGAUUUGUUGUCUCAUAAUGGAAGUUUUGAACAUCAUAAUCCAUAGUUGGUGGCUCCACUCGUCGGGUGUUUUAGUGGCAUUUAACUUUUUCUUGGCAGGUGAAAAUGCAGGAACUUGGUUUCCCACUGGAAAUUUAUAAGGGAGGUGAUUAGUUGGCUUGUGUCCUCGUAGGAUAUGGUUCCUAUUACAUGGGGGCACACCACUAUUAAAUGGAUGGCUGCAUUUUUCUACCAAGAAAUCUCUGAUGAGUCUACUGAACCUUCCUUUUCUUUCUUUUUUUUUUUUUUUUUUUCUCAGAAUCCUUUCAUCUCAAUUUCUCAAUAUAAACCUGAUCCCUAAUUGUCUUUUGGCAUGAGUGGUAAUAAUCUUUGGCUGGAAGGAAAGAAGCCUCCUUUAUGUGUUCUGAUCAAGUAGGCUUUGACUCUAAAUAAAGUCUAAGUUAUUUAAUAA